AAAAAAUCCCAAUUCAAUUGUACACAACAGAAAGAGCCUAACGAGAAAAAUGCAAUCGGCGAAACAGAAGCUAAGCGAUAUGGCUAGUACCGCCAAGGAGAGGAUGGUGGUAUGUGAAGCAAAAGCGGCUGAGAAGGCGGAGCAGGCGAUGGCACGUACAAAAGAGGAAAAAGAGAUAGCACACCAACGUCGAAAGGCCAAGGAAGCAGAGGCUAACAUGGAUAUGCACAUGGCUAAAGCUGCUCAUGCCGAGGAAAAGCUUAUGGCUAAGCAAUCUCACUACCACCUUCCUCAAGGUCACGUGACUCAUGGCGCCCCUGUGCCGGCUCCUACGCCAGUUAUAGGACAUGGUUACAGGCAUAAUCCUCCCGGGGUCACAUCUGUACCACCUGCGGCGUACCCUCCUCCUCCGACGGGGCCUCAUCAUCAUCAUCCUUAUGGAAACGUUUAGUGACUGCUUUAUAAGUUAAAAAAAAAAACUGGAAUACUUUGAAUAGUUAGUAAGACGUUGAGAUGACUUACUUUAUAGCCGUUUUAGUUACUGAAGCUAUCUCAUACUAGGAGUGAGCACGGAACCUGAAGUCUGUAACUUCAGAUUUGGGUUCGUGUAGAUAAUUAUUUACCCGAUUUGGACCCGCUUAGUCGCAAGUAACAAAAAUAAUUAAAUUAAAAAACAACUAAUAUAAUUAAAAUAAUAUCACAUAAUACAAUAGUCUUUGAAGAAGUGAUUUACCAACCAGCAGCAUCGUUGACAAAAAAAAAACAACCAGCAAACCUCCAUUUUUGAUAAUUGAUGAUUUUGAUAAAAUAUGACAACUAAUCAAAAUUUUAAACUUAUAUCUCGUGUACAAUGUGGAGGGUUUAUAGUGGAUCCGGGCUCAUGAUAGGCCGAGCUUUCUACGGGCCAGGCAGCAGGCUCGGUAAUAGUAACCCUAAUUAUUAAUUAACAAUUUAACAUCUAAAAGUAAAAACGCUAACCUAGGGAUUUAGGGCACACCGGUUCUUUCCUAAAUUUUACUUUAACCGGGUUGGCAAGUCUAAACCGUCGCUUAACCGGUUUUCUUAUCUUAGCCUAUAAUAAUAAAUAACGCUCCUCCACUCAAACAAACUCUAUUAGGGUAAAGCCGUACGCCGUUUACAUUGUUACUCACGAAACAGAGCUCUGGAUCCAUCUCAAUCAGCUCGAGCAAGAAUCGAUCCAUUGAGACUGCGAAGAAAGCAACUUCAUAAUCUGAAAAGGUGGGAUGGAAGCGGAUCUCAGGGUAUUUGGAUCCGGUUAAGUAUAUAACAAAAUGUUUUUGCAGAUAUUAUUUAUUCUCUCUCUUUCUUGAUUUAUCUUUUCUUGAGAAGUUGCUGAAGAUUGUUUUAUGAGAGUAUUAUAAGUCACUGCAUUUGGUAAUCAAGUGUUGCUUUCCCAAACGAAGUGACUUAUAAUGAUCUCAUGAAUCGAUUUUUGCAAAGUCUUAAGAGAGUAAAGGACUAUGAUGUCCUGAGUGAAAAUGGAUUUAUCUUCUUUUUUUUUGUCUUAUAAUGUGCCAGGUCUCUUAGUGUGUUACUGUCCACUCUUUCUUUUUGUUUGGGUGAUAACAAGAUAAAUCCCAAGCAUCAUCCACCUUAUUAGCUUUGACAUGAAUGAAGGCUUGUUAAAUGGAUGAUUCUUGGGAUUUAUCUUUUUGUAGUCUCCUCUUCUAAAAGAGUGUUGUUUAAUUUUACAACAUACACGGAAAUGAUUUCAGGCUUGUGGAGGAACAUGAUGCUUCUUUUGUAAGCCAGAAACUUGAUGUUUUGCUAAAGAAAUGUUAACCGUUUGCAUGUGUUAUAACUGAGUGUUUACUCCCACUUUGUAUAAAUGGAACAAGGUUGCUUUCCCCCAUCAGAUUAGAUUAAAGACCAAGUGAUCAAGAUUUUAUCUUUUUGUUUCUUAGUUUGAACUUUUCUAUGUUCUCGUAGUGUAUUGAUCAAUGUGAAAUAAAAUAGAUAACAAUGUUGUGCCAAACAAAACUAAGUUGAUAGGUACGGUUUUGUGUAAUUAAUGGACAGCCACUUCCUGUUAGCUCUUUUUCAAAAAUUUAACAAAAAAAUUGGUAAUAUUUAUGCAUGUAUGAAUCUCGAGGUCGAUAGAUUUUGAGGUGAAACAAGGGAUAUGUCCAUACCUUCUGGAACCAGCAGACAUGCAUGCAAUCACAUACCUUGCCUUUCUUAAGUUUCUUUUCAAGUAUUCAUGUCUCACUCCCACCGUGCAUGCAGGGACGGAUCUAGAAAUUUAAUUAGACUGUGGCACGAAAAUAUUUUUCCAUCGGUACCUAAUCUAAACUAUUAAAAUAGGAGUACAAAUUUGAAAUAACCAUAACUUUUCCUACAGAAUUACAAGUGAAUGCCACUCCUUUUUACUCUUAACAAUAAAUAAUUUUAAGAAAUAAAAUUAUAAAAUACAUAAUAGAUAUUGUUUCCUUAAUAAAUUUAUACUCUUAAAACAGAAUCCUAUUUUAAAAAUUUAAGAUUUUGCCUUUAGAUUUUCAUCAUAUUUACAAAAUAAUAGAGAUAUCAUAUAUUUAUGGUAACAAAUAAAUUUUCUUUCGGUAAAUAAUAUAAAUGCUAAUUAACUAUUAUCAUUCGACCAUAAUUUUUUGUUUUGAAUAAUCAGAUAUUUCUAUACAUAUGAAGUAUACUUAAUUUUGUGGGUAAUAAAUAUAUUAAACUAAUAUAAUUUGUUUAUGAGAUACAAAUGAAUUGAUGUGUUUUUUUUUGUAGUGUAUUUUCCUAAUUCUGGAAAUACAAAAUCAUAAACAUUCCUUUUUACAAUUUUUAUAGUUGAGUUUUAUGUGGUUGAAACAAAUAUAUGAAUCUAAGUAACUAAGUAAAUAAAUCUCUUGGUAUUCCUCUUACCCGAUUCCUAUCUUUUAGAGGAACCAAGAGAGAUUGGCGUUAUUUUUUGUUGUGUGUUUCAAUCAAAGUCUGAAUCUGUUCUUCAAGCUUAAGUUUGUCAGACUUUGUUGAAACAAAUAAAAAAUCCGGUCUUAGAAUCACUAAUUUCUCUUUCGCGGGCUUAAUUACAAUUUCUGAUUGUCGGAUUUUGAUCAUCUUUUUCGAAGGUUAAGAUCAGAAUCCUUUUUCAGGGGAAAUCAGUCUUAACAAGAUGGUUUGCCGGUCAAUCGGCUUAUAAGUUAAGCUUAAUUUCUUCCGGAAAGGGUGAUGAUGAAGAUAGAUAUAACUCACUCGAUACAGAGAAGAUUCAGUAGAAAUUGGCGUUCUUGUUGAACGGUCCAAUAAAGAAUCUGUUUUUGUUUCGAUUUGAGCAGUCCUAGAGGUGAAUGAAACCGGCGAUUAAGAGGUUCAAUUACCGGCGUCGGCGAAAGGCGAAAGGGAUCUGUAGGGUGUGCAAAUAAAAAAGGAUUGGAGAUGUAGCAGAGAAGAUGAAGAUCUCGUCGGCGAUGAAGUGAAGCUUGGCCGGCGGUGGAAUUGAAGCGUUCUCCGGUCUGCAUGUUUAGUUCUUGACACGUCGAUAGGGAUUGAACUUAGUUCUUACACGUGUAUUGCUAUAGCUACGUAUUAUCUUUAUUAUUUGUACCCCUGCUUUUCAUAUGCUUUAAUAAAAAGCAAAAGUUGACAAAAAAGUAACUAAGUAAAUAAAUAAUCACUAAAAGUUAAAAUCUGCAAAGGAAAAAAAUCUGCAAAGAAUAAUAUUAAAAUAUGUAAUGAGAAAUAUCUUUCAUUUUUUCAACUUAUAUAGUAGUGUUUUUAUAUAAUUGGAACAAAUAUAUGCAUCUAAAUAAUUUAAUAAAAUACUAUCAUUAAAAAUAAAAUUUGCAAAAAAUAAUAUUAAAAUAUGUAAUGAGAAAAAAUCUUUAGUAUAUAUAUAUAAUAUUUUAGAAUAAAUUAAAAUUAACACAAUAUUUUUUUUCUAAAAAAAUAACUUCUUUAAAAAUAAUUUCAUAAAUAUAAAUAUAAAUUUCUUAUAGCAUAUCUAAUAUCUAUAAUUAUAACAUAAGCAAUCAAUAAAUUUUAAAUGUAUAUAGUUAUCAUAUAUAAAAACACAUAAUCUUAUAAUUAAAAUAUUUGUAGAAUUUUUUAAAAAAAUUAAUCCCGCGCUUUAAAAAGCGCGGGUCAAAAAUCUAGUAAAAAUUAUAUUAGUAUUCUAAAACAUGAUAAACAAUGAGAAGAAGUGACUAACCUAAAGAAACAAAUAUAUAGCAAAAUUGAAUUAGUAAAAAGAAAAAUAUAUAGCAAAUUAUUACAUAACGAUAUAUUUACUUAGCAAAGAUGUCGAAACAUGUUUUAUGGAAUUGUCUUCUACACCAAACAACAAAUUAUUGUGAGAAGAAAGUAUAAACAUAAUUUUUUUUCUAUUUUUUUUUAAAGGAACCACAGUACGGAACACAUUUUGAGUCUGAUAAUUAUUGUAGGUUAUAAUUAGGUUAUUGUAUCUCAAGUGGGCUAUGUUUUUAAUCUUACUGUUAAUUGGGCUACAAUAUUUACUCAUACUUUUAACUGGGAUAGUAUUUUAGUUUUAGUCGGGUGGGGCACUUCUAUUUUUUCCUUUUUUCAUAUACAGAUUUUUUUUUGAUACUAAACGAGAAAACAAUUAAAAAGCAUGGGGCCCGUGCCACACCUUCUAUACAGGUGGGUCUCCCCUGCGUGCAUGUGUAUCAAGCGUUUAUAAAACGGAGAAGAAGCUGAACACAAGUGUCAUCUUCAUAGGUCUGGGAGACUGGGAACAUUGUUGUGUCUUCUUGCUUCAUUUAAGUACAGUUUUAUGUCCCUUUCAGUCUCUUUUGUCUUCUCCUUUUCAUUAUACACUACUUCCACGUUUGGCUUUUAUCACUGUUGUAGCUGUUGUGAAGUAUAACGCCUUGGAAGGUUCCAAUGAUUAAAAAAAGAGGUAUUAUUCUCAGUGCAAGAAACUUCGUUUUCAAUUACGAUAACCACACCGCCGUUUCCAGAAAAGCUUAUGCUAUCUCUUGGUAACUCAGACACUGCUUGGUUGGCUUAAGAUAUCCAUUAAGAUUAGAGUCUCUUUUUGUAUGUUUUAUGAAACUCUAAAGAGACCUAUUCAAAAAAUUUAUCACAUUUCCUAACAAUAGUAAUAACUCAUCUUAGGUUUGGCUUCACCUCUUAGGAUAGUUGGUACAGUGCCGGUUAUCGUUGAUUAAGUGACAACCCGGUUUACUUGUACAUACCGGUUAUGUAUAUAAGCGAGUAAUUAAGUUUGUAUAGUUAACAUUAAUGUGAAUAACAAACUUUUUCCAGCUCGUUUCUUCUCUCUCGAAUCUCUCUGUUUCGAUCUUCAUCGAGCUUGAAUCGAGUGUUACGAUCUUCAUCGAGCUUGAAUCGAGUGUUAAUAUGGUACCAGAGAAAUCUCAUUGAUCUUCCCAUUCAAUUGAUUUGCAUCAUGAGUGUUCCAUUGCUGGAAAUUUCGUGAUUCGUGUUCUUGAUGAUUCUCGCCAUUGAUGAGUUGUUUCGAGGAGUUCUGAGCUGUUUUCUCUUUCUUUUUAUUUACAUUUCUCUUUGAUUGACCUCUUACAAACGAUUUCUCGUAUUUUCGUCGUUUCAUAUUGCUUGAUUGUUUGUUUUUCGGAUUCUUGAUUCUUCACGAUGGUGAAUCCGAAUUCGAAUCAAUUUCUGCGAGUGCAACGGCGACAAUGAAUCCAAAUGUAUAUUGUCACGAUCAGUAUGAGAAUCCAUACUAUCUGCAUAAUACAUAUCAUCCUGGCCUCGUUCUGGUUUCUGAUCGAUUGAAUACCGCAUCGGAGUUUCACUCUUGGAGGAGAUAUGUUCGUAUGGCGUUGAAUGUUCGCAACAAGUUAGGCUUCAUUGAUGGUACGAUUCCUCGUCCUCCUCUUACUCAUAGAGAUUAUAGCGUGUGGUCUCGUUGCAAUGACAUUGUCGCGACUUGGUUGAUGAAUUCUGUUUCUAAGAAAAUUGGACAGAGUCUCUUGUUCAUCUCCAUGGCUGAAGGGAUUUGGAACAACUUGAUCUCACGUUUUAAGCAGGAUGAUGCUUCCAGGGUUUAUGAUUUUGAGCAGAGAUUGAGUAAGAUAGAACAAGGUUCAAUGGACGUUUACUUACUAUACUGAGUUAGUGACAUUGUGGGAGGAGCAUAAGAACUAUGUGGAGCUUCCUGUGUGUACGUGUGGUCGUUGUGAGUGUGAUGCUGCUCCUCUUUGGGAGAAGUUGCAACAGAGGAGUAGAGUCACGAAGUUUCUGAUGGGUUGAAUGAAUCAUAUGAGCAGUCUCGGCGUCAUAUUCUUAUGCUGAAGCCGAUACCGACUAUUGAGGAAGCAUUCAACAUUGUAACCCAAGAUGAGAGACAACGUGCUAUUAAGCCUUCUACAAAGGUGGAUAAUGUCGCUUUCCAAGCGAUGGCACCAACCACUGAUUCUUCCUUGGCUACAUUGGAGAAUAAUGCCUAUAUUGCAGCGUAUAACACACUUCGUCAGCAGACUCAAAGUCCUGUUUGUACUCAUUGUGGCAAGAGUGGUCACACUAUCCAGAAAUGUUUCAAGUUGAUUGGCUUUCCUCCAGGGUAUAAGACGAAUGGUUCUGGUUAUGGAUCAAAGAAUCAGUAUGCUCCAAAGAAUCAACAGCAACAGCAACAAGCUCGUCCUGUGUCACAACAACUACAGCUUACGAGUCCUUCUGUCUUUCAACAGGCUAAUGCUAUUGCUAAUGUUCAUACUGAUCUUGUUUUUCAAAACUCUCUUACGGUCAACCUGGAGUUCCUCACAUCACCAGUGGGGGUGCUAAUAUGACUCUUCAAGAGUUCACGCCACAUCAGAUUUAACAUUUAAUCUCUCAGUUCAAUUCUCAAGUUCGAGUUCAAGAGCCUCACAUUACUUCAUCUAGAGCCACGAUCACAGAACAUGGUGCUAUAGCUCCUGCCUCCUCUUCCGAUACAUUUCCUUUUCCUUCUACCACUCUCAAGUAUGAACACACUGCCCUUACUUUCCGUGAUCACUGUCCUUCCACGAUUCAUUCAUUUCUUCCACGUGAUGCUUGGAUUAUAGAUAGUGGAGCAUCAAGUCAUGUUUGUUCAGAUUUGUCAAUGUUCAUAGAGUUCACACCUAUUCAUGAUGUUAGGGUCACUUUACCUAAUGGCUCUAAAGUUCCCAUUACUCAUACUUGAGUUAUUCAUAUCACAGAUACAUUAGUAUUACAUAAUGUUUUGCAUGUUCCUGAUUUUCAUUUUAAUCUCAAUAGUGUGAGUAGUCUUUUACGGACAUUGUUUUGUUUUGCUCAUUUCUUUGCUGAUGUUUGUCUGUUACAGGAACUUUCACAGGGAUUGAUGAUUGGGAGGGGUAAUCUUUUUCACAAUCUCUAUAUUCUUGAGACAUCUCCACCUUCCCUCUCAACAUCAUCUCCUGCUACGUUCUUUUGUGGAUCUUUAUUGGUUGAUGAGCAUGUGUGGCAUCUUCGUCUAGGACAUCCUUCGUCUGGUGUUUUUCAAAAAUUGUUACAAAAUUUACCAAGUUUGAAGUCGGUUUCAUCUUCUACAGAGUCUCAUUGUUCAGUGUGUCCAUUAGCUAAACAUAAAAGGUUAGCUUAUGUUUCUCAUAACAACUUGUCGUCUAAACCAUUUGAUUUAGUUCAUAUAGACAUUUGGGGUCUUUUUAGUACAGAGUCUGUUGAAGGUUUUCGAUAUUUCUUUACAUUAGUGGAUGAUUGUACAAGAAUGACUUGGAUUUAUAUGUUGAGAAAUAAAAAUGAUGUUUCAGUUUCAUUCCAUGCUUUCUUAAAUCUUGUUUCAACUCAAUUUAAGACUCAAGUGAAAGCAAUACGCUCUGAUAAUGCUCAUGAAUUAGCCUUUUCGGAUCUUAUAAAGGAAAAAGGUAUAAUACAUUACUACUCUUGUGCAUACACUCCUCAGCAGAAUUCAGUAGUUAAACGUAAACACCAACAUUUGCUUAAUGUGGCUCGUGCUUUGCUUUUCCAGUCUCAGGUUCCUUUAGCAUAUUGGAGUGAUUGUGUCUUGACUGCAGUGUUUUUAAUCAACAAAUUGCCUUCUCCUUUGUUUGGUUUCAAGUCACCAUAUGAACUAAUGCUAGGUAAGAAGCCUGACUAUUCACCGUUGAAAACUUUUGGCUCUUUGUGUUAUGUGUCUACGAAUUUGAAAGAUCGAAACAAGUUUUCUCCACGGGCUAAGCCUUGUGUUUACUUGGGUUAUCCUCUUGGUUAUAAAGGUUUUAAAGUCCUAGAUUUAGAAUCUCACUCUGUUUCAAUUUCUAGGAAUGGUUUUUUUCAUGAAUCGGAUUUUCCUUUUACGCAAAAAGAUUUAGUCUCUACUGAUGCUGAUAUGUUUCUAAAUAGUGUUUUGCCUUUACGUAUUCCUUUUCACUUUGUUGAGACAUUUUCUUUGUCUGAUAAUUUACAUUUUGAUUGUUCUCAUCCUCUGAUUUCUUAUGUUCCUGCUAAUGAUUCACAUCUAUCUGAGUUUGUUCCCGUAGUUGCUAGUGAUUAUGCAUCAUCUUCUCAUACUGCUAAUAUGGAUAAUGCAUUAGAUACUGGUGUUGGCUCUGUAGACAUUGCUAGGCCUAAACGAUCGACUAAGCCCCCUAGUUAUCUAUCUGAGUAUCAUUGUGCUUUGCUCCCUUUUACUUCCUUUUCUUCCACAUCUAUUUUUACUGAGCAGAAAACACCUUAUCCAAUAUCUUCUGUCUUGAACUAUGAUAACCUCAAUCCUAAUUUCCAAGCUUCUAUACUCGCCUAUACCCUUGAAACUGAACCAAAAAAUUUCAAGCAGGCUAUGGCAUCUGAGAUGUGGCACGGUUCUGUCAAUGCGGAAUUUGAGGCUCUCGAGCAAAACAGAACUUGGGAUGUUGAGAGCUUGCCUCCGGGAAAGAAUGUGGUGGGUUGCAAAUGAGUUCAUACUCUUAAGUACAAUGCUGAUGGUACUAUCGAGAGGCCAAAGUCACGUUUGGUUGCUCAGGGUUUUACACAGCGGGAGGGUCUUGAUUAUAUGGAUACAUUUUCCCCUGUUGCGAAAUUCACAAGUGUGAAGCUUUUGAUUGGCUUGGCUGCAGCUAAAGGAUGGUCUUUGAAUCAGAUAGAUGUGUCUAAUGCUUUCUUACCUGGCGAGUUGGAUGAAGAGAUCUAUAUGCGUUUACCACAGAGUUAUACUCCUCCGCCAGGCAUUGAUCUUCCUCCUAAUCCAGUAUGCAGGCUACGGAAGUCUUUAUAUGGUCUUAAGCAGGCUUCACGUCAGAGGUAUAAGAGGUUUUCGUCUGUCUUGCUUGGUGCCAAUUUCGUACAAUCAUCGGCAGAUAAUACACUCUUUGUGAAGAAGACCAAGAAUACUUUUAUUGCAGUACUAGUAUAUGUUGAUGACAUCUUGAUUGCGAGUGAUAACAAUGAUGUCUUGCUGGAGUUACAAAAUUUACUGAGAUCAGAGUUCAAGAUUAAAGAUCUUGGUCAGGCUCAUUUCUUUCUUGGGCUUGAGAUAACUCGAUCUUCUAAAGGCAUUGCUAUAUGUCAACGGAAGUACGCGUUGAAUCUCCUUGAAGACUCUGGAUUGUUGGGAUGUAAACCUAGCACCACUCCUAUGGAUCCUUCAGUUCAUUUGUCUAAAGAUUUAGGGAAGCCACUGCCUAAUAUUGGGAGCUCACUGGGCGUCUUCUCUAUCUGACUAUAACAAGAUUUGAUAUCACCUUUGCGGUUCACCAGUUGAGUCAGUUUCUAUCAGCCUCCACUGAUGUUCAUCUACAAGCGGCUCAUAAGGUGUUACGCUACUUAAAAGGGAAUCCAGCUCUUGGUUUGUUCUAUCCUGCAGACACAGAACUUUGACUCAACGCCUUUGCAGAUGCAGAUUGGGCAACGUGUAGAGAUACGAGGCGUUAUGUUGCAGGAUUCUGUGUUUUCUUAGGAACUUCUCUGGUAUCUUGGAAGUCUAAGAAACAGUCCGUCAUGAGUAGAAGCAGUACGGAAGCAGAAUAUAGAAGCAUGGCCCUUGCUACCUUUGAGUUGAUUUGGUUGCAACAGUUGCUUCAUGAUCUUCAUAUCUCGGUCACUUCAGUUUGAAGCUCUUCUGCGACAAAAAAUCAGCGAUCCAUAUUGCCAUGAAUCCGGUCUUCCACGAGCGUACCAAACACAUUGACAUUGACUGUCACACGAUACGAGAUCAGCUGAAGGCAGGUCGUUUACAAACACUACAUGUCUCUACAGGUAAUCAACUUGCAGAUAUCUUAACCAAGGCUCUGCAUCCUGGUCCUUAUCAUUCUCUCUUACUGCGAUUCUCAAUGUCAAGUCUUUAUCUUCAACCAGACACAUAAGCUAAAGACUUGAGGGGGGCCUCUUAGGAUAGUUGGUACAGUCCCGGUUAUUGUUGAUUAAGUGACAACCCGGUUUACUUGUACAUACCGGUUAUGUAUAUAAGUGUGUAAUUAAGUUUGUAUAAUUAACAUUAAUGUGAAUAACAAAAUUUUUCCUGCUCCUUUCUUCUCUCUCGAAUCUCUCUGUAUCGAUCUUCAUCGAGCUUGAAUCGAGUGUUAAUAUCACCUUCACAUAUAACACCAGUCUAUGUUUUAUGUUUUGAGGAUCCCCAGACAAAUGAUUAUAUCCAUUAACUCGUCUAGGCAUUGUUGGCUUCACAUAUCAGUUAAAAGAUCAAUAUCCCUGUUUUUAUGUUGUAAGAACCCUAAAGAGAAAUUAUCAAAGAAAUUUUUCAUGCAUACGUUACAAGGCUCAACGGUUUCACUUCCAAAUGGAAUUCCUGCCUUCACAGUUGAGAUCUUCAACACCAUGUGUCUCGGACUGUAAGAUCACGGAGAUCAACGUCACUUGUGGCUGGUUUAGAUCGGUCAGACUGGUUAACGCUAGAGUUUUUAGGCGACUUUCCUACGACAAUUGUCUGGUUAAAGACGGUCAUCCUCUUGCUCCUAGACAGACACUCUCCUUUCUGUAUGCUAACAGCUUCUCUUACCCUCUCUCUGUUUCUUCAGUCUCUUGUUUCUGAUUUUAGACAAGUAACAAAUGGUGUUUCAUCAAAUCAAGUCUUGGUUAACCAAAGUUCCAAAAAAAAAAGACUUGGUUAACCUCUUGUAAGCCAAAAGUUUUUUUGCUAAAAUUUGGUUAUAAGCCAAAAGUUAGUAACAAAUUUGUGAAGAGGAUAUGGAUCAGAUUAUAGUGUCACCUUAUUCACACUCUCUAAUGUUAAUGAUGAUGAUUACAGGGGAGAUAAUAUAAUAUUUGUUUGAUUUAGUGAUAAGCCAAACAAAAACUUCAUAGUACAAGAGAUUUCUGAUGAUCUUCAUAUCAUAAUUAAUCAUUAUUCGAACAUAAAAUCUUAUAGAAUCUCUCUAAACGUCUCUUAUUCUAAAUUGCUCAUGUCAAUGUGUGGUGGAGCCUUUCUAUAUUUAGGUUUAUAACAGUUUUGACGACUGAUUCCAGAUGCAUUUUUGUCCUUUCGUAUCAGUUCGAAGCCUCUUUCCUAUGGAUAAAACCCAUGCUUAGAAUUGUGCUAGGCCCAACUGUGCGGUUGGGUUAGGAAGGAUAUACAUUCUUUUUUCCUUUACAUUACAUCAUAAAAUACUUAACUAACUCGGAUUCGAAGACAUCGUACUAUACACUUUGGGUUGCUAAGUAACCUAGGUUUGAAAAAACUCCACUACACUUUGUAUUCAAGCCACAUGAAUAUGAGGUAAUGUUUUAGGCCAUACAUUACGUUAAUUAAAAAAACACAACCAAAAUUUUUGUCCAUCUGCAUACUGCCCUGCUAUUUUCGACAUGGACCCAAUGAAAUUGAAUUUAGUCUACAAAGAAAUAUCUCUUCUCAUCUCUCUAUCAAUAAUUUUUUUUUUUUGUAAAAUUUUAUGAAAUUUCAUGCAUCUUUCAUCCUCUUAAUAUAAAUAGUCAACCACUAUUUUAUUAUUAAUAUUACCUUUCAUCCAAUUAAACCAUGAAUUCUAAAAUCAUAAAUAUUUUUUCAAUACAAUUUUCUAACAAAUAAUAAAGUUAGUAAUUAGUUAUAUAUAUAUAUAUAUAAAUACUUUUAAGACUAAAUUAUCUUCUUAAGAAAUAAACUCAGUAAUAACUAGUAUCAUUAUUUACAUAUAUAUCAAAUCAUACCAAUAUUUUAUUUGAAUAUAUAUAAAUAUUAGUUUGAAAUGAAUAUAAAAUGUUAUAUAUCUUUUUAAUAAUUUAGAUAUAUUAUAGAUAUGAACACUUCGAAAAGAAUAUGAAAUGACAUUUGUCACUUCUAUCCUAAACCAGAAACCAAGGUUUUAAAAACCGGACCGGACCGGCCGGUCGAACCGGUUCGACCGCGACUCGUUUAGUAAGCCGAGUCCGGUUCGAUUCAAAACCCGGAUUUCAUAAAACUCGGGCAACUCGGCUCAAAACCGGUGGAACCGGUGACCCGGGUUGACGUUAGAACCCGGUUUGUUAUUUUUGACACAUUUUAAAUUGUAAUUAGGGUUUUAUAUCAGGCUAAUCCUGGAUAAUAACUUAAGUUAAUAAUAGUAAUACUUAACAGCCGUCAUUUUUUAAUAAUUCUCGAGAAAAAAAAGAAACCUAAACGUCUUCUCGUCGUCUCUCACUGUCGUACACCAUUCUCCAUCUGAAUUUUUCUUUGCCACAAGAUUUGGAACUGCACUUGUAAGAAAAAGUAAGUAACGUGAUUCUCUUUUGUUGUUCGAAAUUUGAUAUAACAUAUAAAUAUAUUAUUUUUUUGUUAUUUUUACUAGUUAAUGGAGGGGAAUCAUUCAGAACCAGAUUUAGGCGUACCUUCUUCUCAACGUUCAGUUCGUCGUAAAGAUGACAUAGCUUGGAGAUAUAUAACAGAACGGACUGAGCAGAAUGGGAAGAAAACUUUGAUUUGUGACUUCUGUCAGAAAGAGAGCGGAGGUGGAGGCAUUAACAGAAUGAAACAACAUUUAGCUGGGAUAAGAGGAAACAUAGAUUCAUGUACCAAAGUUUCUGCAGAAGUUCAGUUUCAGAUGAAGCAAUCAUUGAAAGAAAAUGAAGACAAAAAUAAGGAAAAGAGAGGCAUACCACUUGAUGAUAUAAACAUUGUUGCUGAUAUGAAUGCUGAUGGACAAGGCAUUCAUUCUCAGCCAUCUGUUACUCAAACCAAAAAGAGAAACAGAGGUGGAGAUUUACAUGGGUUUUUUAAAACAGGCCUGAGUGAUCCUACUCAACCAAGUAUAAAGGCAUCUAUACAAAGCAAGGAGAAGGUGCAUGAUGCUGAUAUGGCUGUUGCUUUAUGGUUUUAUGAUGCUUGCAUUCCCAUGAACGCUGUGAACUCUCCAUUCUUUCCAGUUAUGUUAAGCAAAGCUGCUAGUUUAGGACAUGGAUAUACUGGUCCUUCGUAUCAUGCUUUGAGGGUUGGGUUAUUAAGAGAUGCAAAAAAACAUGUAUCUUUGAUCGUUGAAUCAUUUAGAAGCACGUGGGCUAGCACCGGCUGUACCUUGAUGGGAGAUGGAUGGAAAGACACUAGAAAAAGACCACUGAUCAAUUUUUUAGUGUACUGUCCAAAAGGAGUUACGUUCAUCAAGUCGGUUGAUGCAUCUGAUGUAUACACAAAUGCAGAGAAUUUGUGUAAUUUAUUUGCUGAGAUGGUGGAAAUGGUUGGCUCUGAAAAUGUGGUUCAUUUAGUGACUGAUAAUGCGCCUAACUACAAGGCUUCAGGUAGACUACUUGCGGAGAGAUAUCCAAAUAUUUCUUGGUCUCCAUGUGCAGCUCAUUGCAUGAAUUUAAUAUUGGAGGAUGUGGGAAACAUGCCUAAUGUUAAAGAGUUAGUUUCUGCUGUAUCAAAGGUAACUAUCUUUGUCUACAAUCAUAAGUCAACUUUAAAUUUUUUGAGGAAGAGGCAAGGUUGGAGGGAAAUCAUUCGUCCAGGAGAAACCCGAUUUGCUACCACUUUUAUAGCCCUUCAGAGUGCAUAUGCACAUAAAGAUGACUUACAAGCUUUGGUAGUAGAUCAAGAGUUCAGACAGUUUCUGAAAACAGAGAAAGCAAGAUGUGUCAAGGCUGUUGUUUUGGAUGAAAACAUGUGGGCGCAUUGUUUGUUGAUCGUAAGGAUUAUGGCUCCAAUGAUACGCUUGUUGCGUGUUUGUGAUACUGAUGAGAAGCCAUCAUUACCAUAUGUCUAUGAAGGAAUGUAUCGAGCACGUUUAGGCAUCAAGAAGAUAUUUGGAAAAAAGAAGGAAUUGUAUAAGCCUUAUACAAGGAUCAUAAAGAACAGGUGGGAUAGAAUGUUGCGCCAUGAUCUUCAUGCUGCAGCAUACUUCUUCAAUCCAGCUUUCAUGUAUGAUCAAAAGAACUUUUCAAAAAAGCCUGAGAUAUUGAAAGGGAUGUUAAAUUUGAUGGAAAAACAAAAAGGGUCUGACAGAACAAAGAUCUUUGAGGGGAUGACAAUGUAUAGAGAACGUGAGAAAAGCUUCUCACAUUCAUCAGCUUUAAGUUGUUCGAAAACCACUCGUCCUGAUGAGUGGUGGAAGUUCUUUGGAUAUGAUGUUCCUGUUUUGCAGAAGCUAGCAAUUCGAAUUCUUAGCCAAACUGCAUCUUCAUCGGGCUGUGAACGUAAUUGGUCUGUGUUUGAAAGAAUUCACACAAAAAGGAGGAAUAGAUUGGAACAUCAAAGACUCAAUGAUCUUGUCUACGUUCAUUACAAUUUGCGCCUGCAAGAUAGGUUCUCAAAAAGAAAGAGGUCAUAUGAUCCAAUUGAUUAUGAGUCCAUUGAUAAAACUGAGUUCUGGGUAGUAGAAGAAAGUGGAGAAGCUGAACUAGAUUAUGAUGAACUUGAGAAUGCACUUACUGAAGAAAACCCAAAAGAUGGAGAAGAUGCAACUUCUGAAACCUUGAACUUGAACGGUAGAUACAUCUUCUUUUAUACGACAUGUUUUUUUUGGCUAUGAUGUCUAUUAUUUAACUCAUGCAUUUUUCAUAUUUUUUUCUUGUUUUAGAAGGUACCGAAGAUGAAGUGCCAUUCUCUCAAGAUGAUACAACUGAAUAAAUUUGAGAUAUUCUAUCAUUCUCCAACAGAUUUUUUUUGUCAUGUUUUCAUUUAGUUCAUUACAUUAAAUAUUCAGUUACUAUUUAUCUAUUUUAUGAUGCUAUUUUAGAUAAUAUUCAUCAGACAUUUUUACAUUUUUAUAUAUGAUUAAUUAUAUAAUAUAUAUUUAUAUAUUAAAUAUAUAAAUAUAUUUAAUAAAUAAAAACCCGGUUCGACCGGUUGAACCGGUUCGACCAAUCAACCAGUGAAUACGCCGAGUCGGUGUCCGGUCCGGUUUUUAAAACAUUGGAUAUAAGUAAUUUUACAAAAAAAUGUUCCACAGUAUAAGUAGUUUUAAAUUUUAAAUACAACAUUUAUAUUAUUUAAUAUUAUAUGAUCAAUUAAAUUAUGUAUUUUUUUAUAAUCGGUUGAAAUUAUAUAUUAAAUGAUGCUUUUAACAAGUAACCACAUUCUUAAUAUGAGUGCUUUUAACUAAACUACAUACAUUUUGAAACAUAGGGAGUGUAAGAAUCUUCAUUUGUUUCCAAAAUGAGUUUUUGUCAGCAAUUAAGGAUCUAACAAACUAUUUUCUAUUUCCAAUUUGUAGGCUUUUUCAUGUUCUUACAUUUAUUAAAACUUGAUUAUAAUGAAAGUUUUCUAUAAUUAACAAUUUUAAUUAAUUAUAACUCAAUAUAUUAAAUUAUUUUUUAAAAUCUAUAAUUUACCAUUAUUAACUAAUAAAAUUGCUUUAAAACAUUAAUAAUUUAAUAUUUCAAAAAAAUAUUUCUGAAAAUGGAGAGUCUAUAAAAUUGAGCAAGAACCAGCAUAUUUUAUCGUAUCUCUGCUUAUAUAUAGAGAAAGACUAAAAUCAGAACGAUAUUAUUUGUUAACAAGGGAUAUAGAAAUCAGACACUAA